UUUUCAGCACAACGGGAGGCUAAAACUAUUGUAAUUAUUAUUUACUGCUUGGCAGCGUACCUACCGGCGACUGUAGACUGAAGAGCAAAGAAGAUUUUUUCAGACUUUCGGGAAUGAAAGUUGCUAACUAUUAAGGAAGUGUAAAAAAACCCAGCUACUUUGCUGUGCUUGGAAGUGGUUCUUAAGAAAAGUUUAAUGUUUACAUUUUCGGCGGGGGAAAAGAAUAAUCAGGCUGCGGAUUGCGUUCCUUUCUUAGUUCUUUUCUCUUCUUGAGAGAGAGAGAAAGAGAGGACAAUGGAUAUGUCUGAUCCAAACUUUUGGACUGUUCUCUCAAACUUUACUCUGCCUCAUUUAAGGAGUGGAAACAGGCUUCGUCGAACACAAAGUUGCCGUACAAGUAACCGGAAAAGUUUGAUAUGCAAUGGACAAUCUCCAGCUAUGCCUCGACCCCAUUCACCACUUUCAGCUCAUGCAGGUAGUAGCCCUCAAGACAGCCCAAGAAACUUCUCUCCUAGUGCCUCAGCCCACUUUUCUUUUGCACGAAGGACCGAUGGACGACGUUGGUCACUGGCAUCUCUCCCCUCCUCUGGCUAUGGUACAAAUACUCCAAGCUCAACAGUUUCAUCAUCCUGCUCUUCCCAGGAGAAGUUACACCAGUUACCAUACCAACCAACACCAGAUGAACUACAUUUUUUGUCUAAACACUUCUGUGCCACUGAAAGCAUUGCCAGUGAUAAUAGAUGUAGGACUACUCAAAUGCGUCCACGAUCAAGAAGCCUCAGCCCUGGACGUUCUCCUGCCUGCUGUGACCAUGAAAUAAUUAUGAUGAACCAUGUAUACAAAGAAAGAUUCCCAAAGGCGACAGCUCAGAUGGAAGAUCGACUUCAGGAGAUUAUCACCAACCAUUCUCCUGACAACGUCCUUCCCUUGGCGGAUGGCGUGCUUAGUUUCACCCACCAUCAGAUCAUUGAGCUGGCUCGCGACUGCCUGGAUAAAUCGCAUCAGGGUCUCAUCACCUCACGAUAUUUCUUUGAAUUACAGCACAAAUUGGACAAGCUCCUGCAGGAGGCUCAAGAGAGAUCAGAAAGUGGAGAACUGGCAUUUAUUAAACAACUUGUCCGAAAGAUUCUUAUUGUCAUUGCUCGUCCUGCUCGCUUACUUGAAUGCUUAGAGUUUGAUCCUGAAGAAUUUUAUUAUCUUUUGGAAGCUGCAGAAGGGCAUGCUAAAGAAGGGCAAGGAAUUAAAACUGACAUCCCUAGGUAUAUUAUUAGCCAGCUGGGGUUGAAUAAGGAUCCUUUGGAAGAAAUAGCUCAGCUAGCUAACUAUGACAGUGGAACAGCAGCAACUCCAGAAACAGAUGAAUCAGUCAGUAGUUCCAAUACAUCUCUCAAACUUCAAAGGAAGCCUCGUGAAAGUGAUUUUGAGACUAUUAAAUUAAUUAGUAAUGGAGCAUAUGGUGCUGUUUAUUUGGUGCGGCAUAAAGAAACGAGACAGAGAUUUGCCAUGAAAAAGAUUAACAAACAGAAUCUUAUUCUUCGAAAUCAGAUUCAGCAGGCUUUUGUUGAACGUGAUAUCCUGACAUUUGCAGAAAAUCCAUUUGUAGUCAGCAUGUAUUGUUCCUUUGAAACUAGACGCCAUUUAUGCAUGGUCAUGGAGUAUGUGGAAGGUGGAGAUUGUGCUACUUUAAUGAAAAAUAUGGGUCCUCUGCCUGUAGACAUGGCCAGGAUGUACUUUGCAGAGACUGUUCUGGCUUUGGAGUAUCUUCACAAUUAUGGAAUAGUACACAGAGAUUUGAAACCAGAUAAUUUAUUAGUGACAUCCAUGGGACAUAUAAAGUUAACAGAUUUUGGGCUAUCUAAAGUUGGCCUCAUGAGUAUGACCACCAAUCUUUAUGAAGGUCAUAUUGAGAAGGAUGCUAGAGAAUUUCUGGAUAAACAGGUCUGUGGCACACCAGAAUAUAUAGCUCCUGAAGUGAUUCUGAGACAAGGAUAUGGCAAGCCAGUUGACUGGUGGUCCAUGGGAAUUAUCCUAUAUGAAUUUCUUGUAGGAUGUGUGCCAUUUUUCGGGGAUACACCAGAGGAACUAUUUGGACAAGUAAUCAGUGAUGAGAUCAAUUGGCCAGAAAAGGAUGAAGCUCCACCUCCAGAUGCCCAGGAUUUGAUUGCGCUGCUUCUAAGACAAAACCCCUUGGAGAGACUUGGCACAGGUGGUGCGUAUGAAGUGAAACAACACCCGUUCUUCCAAAAUCUAGACUGGAAUAGCUUGCUUAGACAGAAAGCAGAGUUCAUUCCACAACUGGAAUCUGAAGACGACACAAGUUACUUUGACACACGUUCUGAGAAAUACCACCAUAUGGAAACAGAAGAAGAAGAUGACACAAAUGAUGAAGACUUUAAUUUGGAGAUUAGGCAGUUUUCCUCAUGUUCGCAUAGAUUUUCAAAAGUUUUUUGUAGUAUAGAUCGAAUAACUCGAAAUCAAACUGAAGACAAGGAAGAUGCAACAGAGAGAGCCAAAAAUGUGUCACUAACAUCUGCAGAAUCCUUAAGUUGGAGUUCGGAAUAUUCUGAAAUACAACAGCUAUCUACAUCUGUCUCCUCUGAUACUGAAAGUUCCAGGCAACAUCACAAUUCAGGAUUGCUUCCAAAAUUGGCCAUAUCUGCUGAAGGAGAUCAAGAAGAAGCCUCACGUUCUGUCAGAGCCCGUAAAGAACAAGAAAAAGCUGCAUUUGUUAAUGAGGAAACAAUUCAAGAUGAAGUAGACGUAACAACUCCAGCAAGCACUAUCAGUAGCUCCACAUUGUCAGUUGGCAGCUUUUCAGAGCACUUGGAUCAGAUAAAUGGAACAAGGGAGAGUGUGGACGGCACAGAUAAUUCCUCAAAGCCAUCCAGUGAAUCAGCAUCUCGUGUGGCUCGUCAGCGAUUAGAAACUACAGAGAAAAAGAAAAUCUCCGGAAAAGUCACAAAGUCCCUCUCUGCUAGUGCGCUUUCCCUCAUGAUCCCAGGAGAUAUAUUUGGUGUGUCUCCUUUGGGAAGCCCUAUGUCCCCUCAUUCCAUGUCUUCAGAUCCAUCAUCCUCAAGGGAUUCCUCUCCUAGCCGUGAUUCUUCAACCGCUUCUGCAAGUCCUCACCAACCAGUCAUAAUCCACACAUCUGGCAAAAAGUAUGGGUUCACUAUCCGAGCAAUCAGAGUGUAUGUGGGUGACAGUGACAUCUACACAGUUCAACAUAUUGUUUGGAAUGUUGAAGAAGGAAGCCCGGCUUAUCAAGCUGGACUGAAGGCUGACGAUCUGAUCACUCAUAUUAAUGGAGAGCCUGUCCAUGGUCUUGUUCACACAGAAGUCAUAGAGCUGUUGUUAAAGAGUGGUAAUAAAGUGUCAAUUACUACAACACCCUUUGAGAAUACGUCAAUAAAAACAGGACCAGCCAGAAGAAAUAGCUAUAGGAGCCGAAUGGUUAGACGCAGUAAGAAAACCAAAAAGAAAGAGAGUUUGGAAAGGAGGAGAUCUCUCUUUAAAAAGCUGGCCAAGCAGCCGUCACCCCUUCUUCAUACAAGCCGGAGUUUCUCCUGCCUGAACCGAUCGCUGUCAUCGGGAGAGAGCUUGCCAGGCUCUCCAACUCACAGCUUGUCUCCCCGCUCACCCACACCAAGCCUCCGCUCCACCCCUGAUUUCCCCUCAGGAACAAAUUCUUCCCAGAGCAGCUCCCCAAGCUCAAGUGCACCCAAUUCUCCAGCUGGUUCAGGACAUAUUAGACCUAGCACUCUUCAUGGUUUGGGUCCAAAGCUUGGUGGGCAAAGAUACAGAUCAGGAAGACGUAAAUCGGCCGGUAGCAUUCCUCUCUCACCUUUGGCACGGACUCCUUCUCCAACACCUCAGCCAACGUCUCCUCAGCGGUCUCCAUCACCUUUAUUGGGACACUCAAUUGGAAAUGCAAAAAUAACUCAGGCCUUCCCUAGUAAAAUGCAUUCUCCUCCUACUAUUGUCAGGCAUAUAGUUCGGCCUAAAAGUGCAGAGCCACCGAGAUCUCCAUUGCUCAAGAGGGUUCAGUCUGAAGAGAAACUUGCCCCUUCAUAUGGGACUGACAAGAAACACUUAUGCUCACGCAAACACAGCUUGGAGGUAACUCAGGAAGAGGUUAACAGGGAGGUAUCUCCAAGAGAUGUAACCCUUCAGAGUUUGGAGGAGAAUGUAUUAGAUGCCCCAUCUUUUACGCGAGUGAGGCCUGUAGAGCAAGGCUGCCUGAAACGGCCUGUUUCUAGGAAACUGGGCAGGCAGGAAUCUAUUGAUGAGCUGGACAGGGAAAAAUUAAAAGUCAAAAUAGUUGUCAAAAAACAAGACCUGGCAGAGAAACAAGAAUAUUUACAGAAAGCAAGCACCAUGCAUGAACCUUUUUGUGAAUCAGAAAACCCCGUUACCUCAUGCCUGGAGGAGAAAGAAGGCAAGAAAACAUUUCAUAAAGCCAUGGAAAGAUCAAGCCACUUUGAAACUAAAAUCGCAGCUCUGGAGACACAGUCGGUAGGUGGCAUGCUGAAAGAUACCCUUCAAAAGAACGCCAACAUGAGAUCAAAUGAUUGCACUGCUUCAGAUGCACACACACCAUGUCAUGGCCCCCUGCUUAAUGAAUUCAAUCAUUUGUCAUACGACUUCAAAAGAAUUUCCCUUGCUUCUAACUUGCAAGAUAUGCUGCCCCAAUCAUCUGACAAGAUACUGAAUGGAAAGGGAGAAAAUGCAGAUAAAACUGCACCAACAAAAGAAUUGGUCAAAUGCGAAAGAUUAGAUAGUAAGCUCACAAAUAUUGAUUAUCUUCGGAAGAAAAUGUCCUUUGAAGAAAAAGAUGACAGCCCUUGUCCAGUGCUAAAGUCCAAACUGACAUCAAAUAUACAUGAAUGCCAUCAGCUCAAUACAAUCAGACCAGUGACUGUACAGCAGGAUUCAAAUUUGUCAUCUGACAGCCGAUCAUACAUCAGCAGUGCUCAUUCUGCUCAGAUUAGCUCUGUUUCUUUUGUUCCCCUCAAAGCCUUGAAUAGCCGAGCAGAUAGUGGCAUGGAAAAAUCAACCCUGAUUUCUACAGAGUCCCCAGUCCGAAAGAGUCCUUCAGAAUAUAAGCUAGAAGGGAGGUCUGUGUCUUGCUUGAAACCAAUUGAAGGCACAUUAGAUAUUGCUUUACUUUCAGGGCCACAGGCUUCAAAGAUACCUUCAGAGGGGUCUUCAUGUGCAUCCCCAGGAGGACAGAGUGCCAAAAAUGAAUCUGAAUGUCCCAUCACACUUACGUGCCAGAGUGGCAGCAGUGUGAAGACUGAGCCCUCUUGUCAAAAAGAACAACCAUCAAUCUACCAACAAUCCCGGUUUUAUAAAUCUGAACUACUGGAGCUUCAAAGUUCAAAACCAAAUAAAAAUAUUCAAAAUCCAUCAGCAACGACUGUGGGCAUAGAACAGCCAUUUGAAAAAAUGGCCUGCAGUCUGAGUGCAAAAUGUGACCCAGCUCUUCGGGUGUCUAACGAAAAAAGAGAGGUAACCCAGUUUAUUGCAAGUGAGGCUAAAUCAAGCAGCCUUCAAAACCAGGACUCUGCUUUGACAACCUAUAAAUCUUCCACAGCACAGGGCAUCUCUGAAAAAGCCAAACAAAAAGAGAAGAAAGCAUCCAAAGAAGCACUUGACAACCAAAUAAAGGCCCAAAGGAAUGAUGACCUGCAUCCAGAAAAGCCUGAGGUCGCUGAGGAUUCAUCAGCCAAAAAGCCUGGUACAGAAGUGCUCCCAAAUCAAGACAGUAGACACAUUCAGAGGUGUCCCUUUGAGUCAGCUGCUCAUCUGCAGACAUGUGGCGUAACAAAAGCGAAGGUAGUGAGCUCAAAGGGGAAGCCCAAAGAUGUGCUCAGGCAACAUGCAAAAGAGGAUAAUAUCACUAAACAACCUUCAGGAAGUGAGUUGGACAUGCAGAAAGCAAGUGCAUAUUUCAAAUCUGAAGCCUCGCUUCCUUCAAAGUCUUUACAAACAUCAGCAGAUACAAAUUCUGCCAAAAUGGAAAAACCGUUGGUUGGUAUUGCUGUGCAAAAGGACACCCCUCGAGAACUGGGGACAAAAGAGCAGAAACAAUCCAAAAACACACAGCCUCCAGCUAUGUUACCAGCUGGUGACAGAGAGCCCAGCAUUGCUUCUAGGCAACAAGGCAGCAAUUCUGAUGUUCCUGCUGUAAAGGAAUCUGUCAACAGACCAUCUGUGGUUCCUGUGUGUUUCACUCACCAAGAUAAUCUCCGAUCUGCAUCAUAUAUGGAUACCAGCUCCAUUAAAUCCAGACAUGUCCCUGAUGCUUGUUCUUCUAAAUCGAAGCAUUCUGACAAGUUGACACCGACACAAAAACAAAUAGCUAUAAAUGUGAAAGAAAAAGAAAUCAGUGUUCAGGUCUUGGCAGGUUCUCGGAAGGAGGGGAAGAGCGUCAAUAAAACUGUACUGGAUUCCUUUUCAUACCCUUCAAGCUCUCAAAAAAAACUAAAUAAUGAGCAUAUCCAGGUAGAAAGGCAUUUAGUCAUAGAAUGUAGGUCAGAGCCCUCAAUCCUAAUCAAUAGCUCCAUGCCUGAAAAACAGCUCAAAUCCUUCAGUAAUAGCCAUGCAGUGGCAGCAGCCCCAGAGAACACUAAGAAUUUUCAAAGGCAAGAAAUGGCAAGCUUAAGUGAUCCUGUUGAUCAAAAGGCACUCCAUAUACACAGCAAGCAAACGGUGGCUCCAAAGGUAUCUGCUGCGAAAGAUUGUCCUUUGCCAAACAAACAGGUGGACAAGGGCCCAAGCAAUCAGACUCCUUCUGCAGAAAAACCACCUGAAUGGAAAAAAUGCACAGAUGCACUUUAUUUUCAGAAUGACUAUGGGAACUCAGAUUCUAAUAUUUCCUUUAUUAGCUGUGAUACCAGAGGGAAAGCUUCAGAAAAGACAGUCAUGGGUGGCAAGAACUCUCAGGAUGCUAAAGGAAAAGGACACACAAAUCAGAAACAGCCAGCCGAAGGAAGCAAGCCUCAUGCAGCAAAGCAUUCCUCCUCAGCUGUUUUACAGAGUUCAUGUCGCCCAGCCACAACAGUUACCAAACAGCUUGACUGCCCGUCCAACUUUCCUGACUGUAGACAGGAAGCCCUAGUUUUGCCUUUAGCAAAGGCUAAGCUGGGGUCAUCAGAGCCGCUUGCUGGGAGCUGCAGGGAAGUAAAAAAGCAAGCCAGCGCUUCCUCAGCAGAGGGCAGAGUAGAAAUGACUAAAAGUAUUUCAGUCUUGGGCUUAUACUCUGUGGCUUCUCCCGCAGAAGAGCACAUGCCCACUUCAAGUUUGGGGGGGAAACCCAGAAGCCAAGAGAGGGCUCAGUCUGCUAACACUACUGUGGACAUAAAGGGAAAAGAUCCCAUUCGGCCUCAGUCUUCUGCUGCAAGAAAACAGAAUGUAGGGAAAGAUUUGCCAAAGUCAGGGACUCCAGCUGACUCUUUCAGUGCACUUUCAUCUGACAAAGACUCUGCCCGGCAGAGGCGAGGAAAAGAUGUCUCGCGGAACAGUCCUCACAAAAAGGCCUCCUAAUAGGAACAGUUGCAAAUAGGACUUCCUAGUUGAAAAUUGAGUGUUUUGUCUUACUUUCAGAAAUCAGCACUGUGUAGUAUUUUCUUGCAGGAAAACCUUCAGAGCCACUUAAGCAGGGUGUGUAAAGAGAGGACACUUCCCCCCUCCCCCAAAAUGCCUUCCCAAAAUACAACCGGUUAAACUGUUACCAUAUUGUACUUGUACAAAAUACUUUUACAAUUUGCGAGAUGUGUUUGGGGUGGGAUUCCUUGUAAAUACUUAGGUAGUCUGUAUCUUUUUGAAUGUAGCAUAUCCAUUUUGCUGCUGAUUGCAUUGUUUACUAUAUCUUUUUAAUGAUCGUAGCUUUGCCACUGAUUUGCCAUAAUCUGGGAAGAAGCAGAGUUACUAAAGCUUUGACCCUAGGCUGAGCCCACAAAUAUAUUGGUUUAAUGAGGGGGCAGAGUAGAGGUGCCCUUAGGUGGAGGUGCCCCAAUUGUAGUUGUUUAAAAUUCUAUAGAUAAGAUUACAAUUAAGAAAUAGUGGUUUAUUGUGAAUUGUUAUGUGUAAGAGCUAGGGAUUGACAGUGUUGUUUGGAGCCAGUUGCAUUCUGAGUUUGAAUUGGAGAUCAAAAUGCAACUCUUCAAAGCACAGCAUGUGCCUCUUGGUUAAGAUCUGCCUAGUGAAAGGAAGUGUCUCCAUUAUCUUUCUCACAACAUCCAGUUCAUAUUAUUCUGCUAAUAUGGAGCCUCCCUGUAUAGCUAUAUCCUGCUCCUUAUUCUAUGCUGACAUUGUGAAUUCUUUGUGAAUUUAGUUGUCUUGGUUCCGGUCAUAAUGAUUUACAUUCAGACUGGUGUGUGGAAUAAAGUGCAUGAGGAAGCACAUGGCAAAAACUGCUAAACAGGUUUUCAUGAACAUUAAUGAAUUUGAAUUUUCUUCAUUAUCAUGAUAGGUAAAUUUGAGCAUUUAGUGGUUCAGCUUUCUUUUCUUUUUUAUGACAAAAGUGGUAAAGUGUGGGGGGGAGGGUAUUUUUCAGCCGCAUAGCUAGAUAAAAUAUCCACAUCUGAUAAUACCUAGCUGGGGGCCUUAUGUUGUAGAUAAGCUUGCUGUUUUUAGCAAGUCAUACCAGGUUUCACAUUCUUUUUGAAGUACAUUAAGUAGCUCUAUACAUUUCAUAUUGUGACCUUUAUUUGUAUGCAAAAGAAAUUAAUGUUGUAAUUUUUUUUAUGAAAAAAGGCAUUUUUUGUAACAGAGGGACCUGCUAGAGCUAUUUGGUGCUAGAAUGUGAGUGUCAGACAAAAAGAUUUUUUUGCUAAGCCUUAUUUAAAUUUUGUGUAUUGCAGAAUAUGUAGAAUUUGUCUGAUUCAGUUUGGAGCAAAGGCAUUUGGUUUGGUUCUUAGAACAUUGCAUUCCAGAAUCAGAAGAAUGUUUAAGUGACUGGGAUCCAGAACAUAAUAGAUUUUUUCCCCCUGCUAUAUUUCCUCACAGAAGCUCAUUUAAUGCUGACCCCUCUCCUGGGCAUUUCCCCCAUUUCUCUAAGGAUUGUCAUCCAAGCAUAGCACAAUUAUGAACUGGCAGCAUGUAGGGUACUUAGCAGUGUGGUAAAUGCAUUACCCUGAGUAAAAGGACUAGUCUAGUUGGGCUUGUUCAUUUUUCAGAAAAUGAGAUGACUAGCAAGUCUGUAAUUUUCCAUGUCAUGCUUAGUACUUUCAUUUCCCUUCAGUUCACUCUGAGUGAUUAAAAACACCUGAAGGAAAACCUAUUUUGAACAAAGUGGUCUGUGGCUUGAGGAUGACUAAGGCAAAAGGGACUUUACACUCAUGCGGUAUCUUGUUUAAAUCGGGCUGCUACCUGUGCAGAGCACUUCCAUUUGCUGCAUAGCUCCUUUGCAUGGGUAGAGGCCCAGUUUAAAUGAAACAUUGGUGUGAGUACAAAGUCUCACAGGUGAAUUCUUUUGCCUCAGCAUCACAUUUAAAUUAAAGCUACAUCUCUGUGUUUUGUGUUUUUUAGGUUGAAAUAACCAAACACUAAUGCGCUCCAAAAUCAUGACAUUUCUAUCUGGGAGGUAUUUCAUCGUUUACAGCUCUCUGCAUUUAAAAACCUUCCAUUAGUUUCCUUUAAAGCACAUCUAGCUAUCUUGUUUACAAAUGUAUCUUUUGUAUGUAUAUUUUGUAUAGUGCUUUAUCACUUCUGCCAAAUAUUUUUUUCUUAUUUUGGAAGUUUAUUAAGUAGCUCCUGAGCUUGUAUUCAUGUAGUCCCUGUUUGUUAACGUUUUACCUUACAGUAAAUUGUUAGAGAUCUUUCUAAGUGUGUAUUCAACUCUUUUGUCAGUCUUCGUGUGAUUGUAUAUUAAGAUGUUCCCUUUGUAGUACUUCCUAUUAUAGAUUAUUGGAUUAUUAAAAAAAUAGGAUCUGUGCAAUAAAGUGUUUGCAGUCUUAUUUUCUUUAAGGAUGUCAUAACCAUUGGAUACUGAAAUAAAAAUAUUUAUACUUAUGCAGUUGCAGAAUAUUGAAAUAAAAUUGA